AUGCAUCCAGCCAGCCUCCGUCUCGCAAACGCAUUCCGUGGUUUGCUGAAGCACGGAACAAUGCCCGUUAGCAUUCGCGGGCUUCACCAUGUCGCGCGUGCUGUUGUAGCGUGCCUGAUACUCGUCGUCACGGCCACAGCAGCCGCUGCCUCCAUUGUUAAGUACACCGUCACCUCAGUGACGCGAAGUCAGCUGGCUGUCUUGCCGCAUGAGCACUGGGCCCAGUACCAAACCAUAUGCGGCUCACCCAACGCGACCCAAACCUGGACUGACACAUCCUUAAUGAGGUUUUUCUUCCCGCCCCUCUCGCGUGCCGGUACGAGUGCUGCUUUCUACGCCUGGAACGGCAUCUCCUGGUAUGUGAGCGACAUGGGUUUUCUGUCCCCUACGCCGUAUGGCAUGUGCAAAAGCUUUUGCCAGAAAAGAAUCUACGCGACGCUGCAGGGCAACUACGCCUUCUCUGACAACGUUUCACUGCUGCACGACGGCGGAGGUGACUGGCCCAUGAUUUCCUUCUACGCAGCGCCCUUUGCGUUCAGCGGCGGAUCUCCCUCCCAAGUCAGCAUCGUUACACAGGAUACCAUAGCGGACGGAGCCGUUAGAUCUGCAGCUGGUGAGCACACGCCUGAUAGCAGUGAAAGCAUUCGAAACUCAGGAUUCGACGGGGGGUACACAACUCUUGAGUACUGCAACGUGCCGCUUCUUGGAGCAACAGGCUCUGCACAGACGCAGCUGACGGCACAGGUGGUGGUGUACGCUAACGGCACCAUCAUUAUGCGGUACGCCUCGCUGCCACGCACCAGCACGCUGCCCAAGUACAUGCCGAGCACGGGGCUCAUCUACUCGAAGACGUUGCGCACGGUGGUGCCGACGCCGACGACGGCGAACGGCAUUGUCGCGUACCGCUUCGACCCCGUGUUUGACGGAUGUGCCGCACAUGGCGAUGCCUCGGUGUGCACGGCGGACACGGAGAGCGACUGCGUGUGGUGCUCCUCCACGUCCGCGUGCUGUGCGAGCACGGUGGCGUCGGCGGUGUGCCCACGCGGGCAGUGGACAGCGCCGGCAAGCAGCACGGCUGCCUUCGCGCCGCAGAAAUUCUACGACGUCACUGUAGACUUCGACACCCCCUUCGUGUCAAUGUCGAGCUACAACUACUCGUACACGCUAGAGCACGGCUACUUUCCGCUACAUCUGGAGCACUUUGAGCGCAACAUCCCACUGUUCCAGACGCCAUCGCAAUCAAUCAUGAAGUGCAUCCCUGGUGCUUCGUGCCCCACGCAAGCCGACACACACCCUUGCGGCCUUUACCAUAGCAUGUGCAUGAACGGCAACUACACACUCUCUAUCUUGGCACUGGAGUCGUCGUUGAGAUUUGCAAAAGGCGGACUUUGGACUGUAAAGGCACUACCCGAGCGGGCCCGCGGCGAGCAGCUCUGCGAGGAGGAAGGCGGCUGCGCGACAGGCCUGGUAGGCCAGCUGACAGGGGCUGCCGUAGACUCUUACUCUUCCACGCCGCUCUUCUCUGUGCAGCUGUACGCCGACGCCAACGGCGUAGGGUACCGAGCUCACGAUCGACUGUGUACGCUGCGCGCAAGGUGA